AUGUCUGAUAUACCAACAGAGAGUACCCCAGAGCCAGGGUCUCAAGUCUUCAAUCCGAGCUUAUCUGAUGUGCUUAAAGUCCGAUAUCUCUUGCAAUCAGAACGCAUGCCCGAGGAACUCAUCGAUAUGAUAAUCGAUGAUGCGGAAUAUUGGCCUUCAAUAGAGCAUACACUACGUGAACCGCGAGUCAUUCAGAAGGACCGUGAUCAAGUUCUGCUCAAAACAGUCCCACUUUGCUACGAUCGAAAUGAUCUAGAGCACAACCCAAGUCCUACCCCCCUACCUCAUCGAGGCGCCCACCCUUGCCGCAAGAUAGUCUUCGAACUAUCCUCCCACGACCAGGGCGGCGGGAGAUCCCGCGAGAACAUGUAUGAGUUCUCGUGGACCUGGUUCGACACAGAAGUCAUCCACGGCGCUCAUACGCGAAACAUGUAUGUCGACGGGGUUGAACAAGAGAUCCUGAAUAAUGAGCAAGGUCAAGUUCGAAAGCACUACACCGAGGCAGAUGCGCUCCUACUACCACGUUCAAAUAAACUGCAGGUCAAUGGAGCGCAUGUAGGUGAGACGCAGCACAAUACAAUUGUGUGGGACUAUCGGGACGACAUGGACGCAGACUCCACUGAGGCUCUUGAGAUUGAGAGGAAUCAGGGUCGUGGGCGUUUGACCCUCGAUGGGCGGGGGUGCGCGAGUUGGAGGUUGGCGAUUCGAUUGCUCUUUGGGCCCGGGCGAGGUUUCCUGGAUGGACAAACCAUGUCAAACGAGCGAGCGUGA